AUCCCGAAUUGAUGGUUUAAAUGCGGAUAGGUAUCGGGAACCCAGGGAGGACGGGAGAUUCAAACAUUACGUUAACAAACAUUUUUUGUCUAUUUUUUCCAACCAAACUGUCCAGCUUGUUGCCUUUAAAAACAUAGUAACGAUUCCAGUGUCUCGAAUAGCAAAUAUAUUUCUUUUUAACUGUAUUUGAUAUUGGGAAGUGUCAUGUGAAGCGCUCCAUCCAAAUGCAUCAGGAGUUGGCGGAACUGAAAUGUUCUUUUUAUACUGUAGAGAUGUUAACAUUUAUAACAAAGUAUUUUAUAUGCGAAUAAUUUACCCGAAGUAACACAAAAAGGAGUAUGUUUCUUUCAAUGUGAAUUGGAGAGAACAGGAUCCAGCGGCCGAAGUCCGACAUGUAUGACAAAAACCGCAAAAGCAAUGGACCGGAAGGGUUCUCCAACGCCAGCGAGGCGGAAGGCGGAGGUGACGAGGAAGAGGAGGAGGAGGAGGAGGAGGAGGAGGAAGGAGAGGGGGAUGACGGAGGAGACGACGAGAACGGCGAUAUGGCGUGGCAGGACUCGGGGGAGAACGGAGGGAUGAGGAUGAACAGGACCGUCACGAUGAACUCCACCACCAGCUCCACCGGCACACAACGCAAACGGAGCCAGCACGCCAAGAAGCAGGCACCAGGGGGCAGCACUGUGCAGCGCGCGCCCCGGGCCCUCUUCUGCCUGCGCCUCAACAACCCCAUCCGCAGGGCGGCGCUCUCCAUCGUGGAGUGGAAGCCUUUCGAUGUCUUCAUCCUGCUCGCCAUCUUCGCUAACUGCGUGGCACUGGGCGUGUCCAAACCCUUCCCGGAGGACGACUCCAACGCCACCAACCACGACCUGGAGCAAGUGGAGUACGUCUUUCUGAUCAUCUUCACCGUGGAGACCUUUCUGAAGAUCCUGGCGUACGGGUUAGUCAUGCACCCCACCUCCUACAUCCGCAACGGCUGGAACAUGCUGGACUUCGUCAUCGUCAUCGUGGGGUUGUUCAGCGUGGUGCUGGAGACGAUGACCCACAGGCCGGGGGAUGCGCAUCACAUGGCGGGGAAGCCGGGGGGGCUGGAUGUGAAGGCCCUGAGAGCCUUCAGAGUGCUCCGCCCCCUCAGACUGGUCUCAGGAGUACCCAGUCUCCAGAUCGUGUUGAACUCCAUCAUGAAGGCCAUGGUGCCCCUGCUGCACAUCGCCCUGCUGGUCCUCUUCGUCAUCAUCAUCUACGCCAUCAUCGGCCUGGAGCUCUUCAUCGGCAGGAUGCACAGGACCUGCUACUACAUCGGCACAGACAUCAACGUGGAGGACGACCCCGUGCCGUGCGCCUUCGCCGGGCACGGCCGGCAGUGCGCCGUCAACGGCUCCGAGUGCCGGGGAAAGUGGGACGGGCCCAACGGCGGCAUCACCAACUUCGACAACUUCUUCUUCGCCAUGCUCACGGUCUUCCAGUGCAUCACCAUGGAGGGCUGGACCGACGUGCUCUACUGGAUGAAUGAUGCUAUUGGCUUUGAGUUACCCUGGGUCUACUUUGUCAGCCUGGUCAUCUUUGGCUCUUUCUUUGUGCUCAACCUGGUGUUGGGUGUGCUGAGCGGAGAGUUCUCUAAGGAGAGGGAGAAGGCGAAGGCUCGCGGGGACUUUCAGAAACUGCGUGAGAAGCAGCAGAUGGAGGAGGAUCUGUGUGGGUACAUGGAGUGGAUCACUCAGGCCGAGGACGUGGACGAGGAGGAUGAGGACGGCAGUAGACGUCUCACAUUGGGGGACCUGUCUGAUAAGAAGAGAGGGAAGUUUGGCUGGUUCAGUCAUUCCAAUGAAACACAUGCAAGUCUUCCUGCCAGUGAGACAGCAUCUGAGAACACUGAGAACAUUGAUGAAGAACACACCGACUGCUGUGCAGCCUGCUGUGCUCGGAUUAUGAAAAACCCUCUCUGCCGGAUUGUGCGCCGCUGGAAUCGCGCCAGCCGCAGGAAUUGCCGCGUCGCGGUGAAGUCGGUCACCUUCUACUGGCUGGUGCUGCUCCUCGUGUUCCUCAACACCGUCACCAGUGCGUCUGAGCAUUACAACCAACCUGAGUGGCUCACUGAAGUCCAGGACAUUGCCAAUAAGGUGCUGCUGUCUCUGUUCACGGUGGAGAUGUUGCUGAAGAUGUACAGCCUGGGGCUGCAGGUGUACUUCGUGGCCUUCUUCAACCGCUUCGACUGCUUCGUGGUGUGCGGCGGCAUCGUGGAGACCAUCCUGGUGGAGCUGGAGAUCAUGCCCCCUCUGGGGAUCUCCGUGCUGCGAUGCGUGCGUCUGCUGCGCAUAUUUAAGGUCACACGCCACUGGACGGCUCUGUCCAACCUGGUGGCGUCGCUGCUGAACUCCAUGAAAUCCAUCGCCUCGCUGCUGCUGCUCCUCUUCCUCUUCCUCAUCAUCUUCGCCCUCCUGGGGAUGCAGCUCUUUGGCGGGAAGUUCAACUUCGACGAGACGCAGACCAAGCGCAGCACCUUCGACACCUUCCCACAGGCCCUGCUCACCUGCUUUCAGAUCCUGACGGGGGAGGACUGGAACGUGGUGAUGUACGACGGCAUCAUGGCGUACGGAGGGCCCAACUUCCCCGGGAUGAUCGUCUGCAUAUACUUCGUCAUUCUGUUCAUCUGCGGAAACUACAUCCUGCUAAACGUCUUCUUGGCCAUCGCUGUGGAUAACCUGGCCAGCGGGGAUGGAGAUGGGAAAAAGAAAAAAGUUGAAAAAGAGGUGGAGGCUGAAGAUAUAAAGGUUGAUAUUGAAGAGUAUGAGGAAGAGGAAGAGCCAGAGGAGGGUGAAGAGGCAGAGGAGGUUAAUGAGCUGGAUUUAAAUGUGGCUGAUUUCGUACCUCCCAAAGAAAAAGUUCUCCCUAUUCCUGAAGGAAGUGCCUUCUUCUGCCUCAGCAACACUAACCCGAUUCGAGUCGGCUGCCACGUCUUGAUCCAUCACCACAUCUUCACCAACCUCAUCCUGGUCUUCAUCAUCCUCAGCAGCAUCUCAUUGGCUGCGGAGGAUCCAAUCAGAGCUCACUCCUUCAGGAACAACGUCCUUGGCUAUGCGGACUAUGCCUUCACAUCCAUAUUCACCGUGGAGAUCUUGCUGAAGAUGACCGUACAUGGUGCUUUUCUGCACCAGGGAUCUUUCUGCAGGAACUGGUUCAACCUUCUGGACCUGCUGGUCGUCAGUGUGUCGCUGGUCUCCUUCUUCCUUCACUCGAGCACGAUCUCCGUGGUAAAGAUUCUCCGGGUCCUUCGAGUUCUUAGGCCUCUACGAGCCAUUAACAGAGCCAAGGGCCUGAAGCACGUGGUGCAGUGCGUCUUUGUGGCCAUCCGGACCAUUGGGAACAUCAUGAUUGUCACCACACUGCUGCAGUUCAUGUUCGCCUGCAUCGGAGUGCAACUCUUUAAGGGGAAAUUUUACCGCUGUACCGAUGAGGCAAAAAGCACCCCAGACCAGUGCAAGGGGACCUUCGUGGUGUACAAGGACGGCGACGUGACACAGCCCAUGGUGAGGGAGAGGAUCUGGCUGAACAGCGACUUCAACUUCGACAACGUGCUGAUGGGCAUGAUGGCGCUGUUCACCGUGUCCACCUUCGAGGGCUGGCCAGCGCUUCUGUACAAGGCCAUCGAUGCCAACGGCGAGAACCACGGUCCCAUCUACAACUACCGCAUAGAGAUCUCCAUCUUCUUCAUCGUCUACAUCAUCAUCAUCGCCUUCUUCAUGAUGAACAUCUUUGUGGGUUUCGUCAUCAUCACCUUCCGCGAACAGGGGGAGCAGGAGUACAAGAACUGCGAGUUGGACAAGAACCAGAGGCAGUGCGUAGAGUAUGCUCUGAAAGCUCAGCCCCUGAAAGUGUACAUCCCUAAAAACCCGGUCCAGUACAAGUUCUGGUCCAUAGUGAACUCCACUGCGUUCGAGUACAUCAUGUUCGUCCUGAUUCUGCUCAACACCGUGACGCUGGCUGUGCAGCACUAUGAGCAGUCAAAACGCUUCAGCUAUACCAUGGACAUCCUCAACAUGGUCUUCACUGGGCUUUUCACUUUUGAAAUGGUCCUCAAGAUCCUUGCCCUCAGACCAAGGCACUAUUUCAUUGAUGCCUGGAAUUCAUUUGAUGCUCUUAUUGUGGUGGGCAGUGUCGUGGACAUCGUGGUCACAGAGUUUAGCAGCUCGGAAGACAGCUCCCGAGUGUCCAUCACUUUCUUUCGUUUGUUCCGAGUAAUGCGAUUGGUUAAACUGCUUAGCAAGGGGGAGGGCAUCCGCACACUGCUGUGGACCUUUGUGAAGUCCCUCCAGGCCUUGCCUUAUGUUGCCCUCCUCAUUGCUAUGAUAUUCUUCAUCUAUGCUGUCAUUGGCAUGCAAACCUUUGGUAAGAUAGCCAUGCAGGACUACACCCAGAUCAACAGAAACAACAACUUCCAGACCUUCCCACAAGCUGUACUUCUACUGUUCAGGUGUGCGACAGGAGAGGCGUGGCAGGAGAUCAUGCUGGCCAGCCUGCCAGGGAAACGCUGUGACCCGGAGUCGGACUACGAGCAGGGAGAGGAGUUCACCUGCGGGAGCAACUUCGCCAUCGUCUACUUCAUCAGCUUCUUCAUGCUCUGUGCCUUUCUGAUCAUUAACCUGUUCGUCGCUGUCAUCAUGGACAACUUUGACUACCUGACCCGUGAUUGGUCCAUCCUGGGCCCGCACCACCUGGAUGAGUUCAAAAGGAUCUGGGCAGAGUAUGACCCCGAGGCCAAGGGUCGUAUUAAGCAUCUGGACGUGGUCGCACUGCUGCGCAGAAUCCAGCCCCCUCUGGGUUUUGGGAAACUCUGCCCUCACCGCGUCGCCUGCAAACGGCUCGUGGCCAUGAACAUGCCCCUGAACGCGGACGGCACGGUGACCUUCAACGCCACGCUGUUUGCGCUGGUCAGGACCGCCCUGAAAAUCAAAACUGAAGGAAACACUGAUCAGGAGAACGAGGAGCUCCGCGUCAUCAUCAAAAAAAUCUGGAAACGGAUGAAACCCAAAAUCCUGGAUGAAGUUAUCCCCCCCCUCAAGGAGGAGGAAGUGACCGUGGGCAAAUUCUACGCCACCUUCCUGAUCCAGGACUACUUCAGGAAGUUCCGUAAGAGGAAGGAGAAAUGCGCUCUGGGAGAGCCCGACGUCAACAACUCCUCCGCUCUGCAGGCGGGGCUGCGUACUCUGCAGGAUCUGGGGCCAGAAAUGAGACUGGCUAUGUCCUGCGACAUGGAGGAGGAAGAAGAGGAAGAGGAGGCUUUGGAGGAAGAGCCAGAGGAGCACGCAGAUCAAUACGAGAAGGACGGAGUGUUUGCAGGUCACACUGACCCCGCCCCUAAAGACAGGCGUGGCUCUACAGCCCUGUCCUCUCCCAGUACCCCGGGGGCGGGGCCAGGGGAGGGCCUGUCCAAUGGGGGCCUGUCUCACAGGUCUCUCUCCGGCCUGAGCAAAGCGGCUAACGGCGGCGGAGUGAAGGACAGCGAGAGCCUGGGAGGGGCGGACCUCGACCGGCCUGGUGCUGUCCGUCACCCUCCUCACCGUCCCAGCAUGCACCUCCCCAGGCCCGCCUCCAACAGCAGAAUUCGCUACUAUGAUAAGGACCUCAGGAGGGACUCCGGUGAGGGAUAUCCCCGCUCGACUCCCCGACAGGAUGGCGUGACGGACGAAGGAGAGGAGAGGUAUCACAGGGAUGGGGAGACGGAGAGCUCGGGCCUCAGAGACAGGCACUUCGGCGCAGACAGUCCCCCAGUGUACCCUGGGAGACGCGAGAGCCUGUAUGACUCACUCGCCCCCGGCCACACGCUCUACGGUGCUCACUAUGGCAACGGCUACGGCGAAGGCCGACGGACGGCUCGCCGACGCCUCCUUCCCGCUACGCCCACCGGGCGUAAGCCUGCCUUUAAUAUCCAGUGUUUGCGGCGCCAGGGCAGCAGCGAUGACCUCCCCAUUCCCGGGACGUACCAUCAGAACUCCCCCCCCUGCCGCGCGCGCACACAGACGUAUGGCAGUUAUGAUUCUCGGCGCAGCAGCAGCAGCUCCUGCGCAUCGUGGGCCAACCCUAACCCUCGCCGCGGCCGCCUGCUCUACGCCCCCCUCAUCCUGGUGGAGGAGGACGGGCUGGGUGGCGGGGCGGGGGGCGGGGCCGCGGGCGCCUGGGGGGACACGAAGGCGGGCGGCGGCCGGCCGGGCUGGUACGGGGGGGCCUCGGCGGACCCUGGCCCCCACCCCUGCCGGGCGUACACCACCCUGAGGGUGCCCACCCAGCUCCGCCCCCACUACAGCGACAAGAGGGGCAGCGCUGACAGCCUGGUGGAAGCGGUCCUCAUAUCAGAAGGCCUGGGGCUGUACGCGAAGGAUCCCAAAUUCGUGGCCUUCGCCAAGCGGGAGAUCGCCGACGCCUGUCACAUGACCGUCGACGAGAUGGAGAGCGCGGCCAGCGACCUGCUGAGCCGGGGGGGCGGAGGCGGGGGCAGCGGGGGCUUCCUCAACCACCCGGACAUGGGGCCCCUGUACAGCGACGAGGAGCCAAUCAGGGGGCGGGACGAGGACGAGCUGGCGGACGAGAUGACCUGCGUCACCUCCUUCUGAGAGGCCACCGGGGGGCAGCAGAGGACCCCCGACACGCUCCUGCAGCGCUGCGCUGCGAUACCAGGGCUGAGGAAGAGGAGGAUGAAGGGCCAAACUAACAUGUUUAAAUACAGGGUAUUGAGAUAGAGACGGAUAUCUAGGGGAAGCAGUAUCGUGAUGCACCAGACUCAGGAUGACAGAAGGGGGGAGACAGCUGUGAGCACCACAGAGGAAGUGACCCACCUCUGUAAGAGAGUCACUGUGAGCGUGAGGUCAAAGGUCAGCGGGGUACAGGUGGCACAGAUGCUCUUUCUCUGCGUGUGGAAAUUCUGCAUUUUACUGGAGUCAGCCACAGUAGGUUUUAUCGGUUACUGGUACAGUGCGUUAAAAAUGUGGGCGGUGCUCGCCUCGAUUAAAUCAACUUGCUGACCGGAUUCUGUACAAGAGGGGAAAUGCGUAAUAAUAAAACUUAAAAGAAAUUAUUUUUUUAGUGGAAAGUGAUGGUUCAACCCCCACUCAGCUCUGUAUUACUGUACGUUACUCAGCGUUCUGUGGUGUCUUCUACCAUUUUAACAGCAUACCAUCGCGUAACGUGGCAUUACACUGCAUUUUUUAAACUUCAACAUUCUUAUCAGUGCUACAGGUUUAAAAAAAAAUAAAUAACUCUUUAGCCAAAAGGAUUUUUAAAUAGUCCCUGACACCACCCCAACCCCCCUGUCGCCCCCCUGGCCAACAGGAUAUAGUUGAGUCAUAGAAUUCCAUCAUUUCAGUUCUCAAAUAUUCUUUCCCUCAAUAAAAAUACAGUAAAUAAGGUCAUAACGGGAUGUGAAUAAAUAAAGGAUUUUGUGCUGUGCAUGCAGACAUUAAUAUUAAAGAGCUCAGAUGUUUUGCUGCGCGUACUUCUGGAAAGGCUUGUCUGUUUAGAGCAACCCAUAUGAGCAGUACUGUCAAUGUAGGCCUCAACAGCAACAGCUACAGCCUCUACUAUCAUCACAGUUACUUAGGAUACGACCCCUAGAGUAACUAAGGACACGACCUCUACAGCCUCUACAGUUACUAAGGAUACGCCCUAGAGUAACUAAGGCUACGACCUCUACAGCCUCUACAGUUACUAAGGAUACGCCCUUUAGAGUAACUGAGGUUACAACCUCUACAGCCUCUACAGUUAUUGAGAAUGCAAUCUCUACAGCCUCUACAGUUACUAAGGAUAUGACCUUUACAGUCACUAAGGAUGCAACAUUUACAGUCACUAAGGUUACAACCUCUACAGCCUGUACAGUUAUUGAAAAUGCAAUCUCUACAGCCUCUACAGUUACUAAGGAUAUGACCUUUACAGUCACUAAGGAUAUGACCUCUACAGCCUCUAUAGCUCUGCUCUUUGAUGUUCUAGCCUCUGCAGCUGCUGGGAAUUAGGCCCUACAGUUGUACCUAUAUAGGAAAGAGCCUCUAUAGCCUCCAAGGCUGGGCUCACUGGAGUCUCUAUGACCUCCAGACUGACAUGGACUCAACAGUGCCCCACAUAUGAAUCCUAAAUUGUGUUUGUUGUGUCUAACACACACAUACAUUUGCAUCACAUUUUUAUUUAUUAUUUUCCUAAUUGUCAUUAUUUUGUUUUAUUCAGAUACUUUGCUAUGAUUGUUGGACCAUAGUUCAAGCUGAGAUUUAAAUCCGGUUGUAACUGUGUAAAUGGCAUAAAGGAUUCUGUUUUGUUAAUGAAUGAAAUGUGAAAAGAAAACAAAGGAUUGUGUAUUACCAUUGAACAAGGUGUCUGUUUUAUUUAUGUUUUUAUUUACAGGCUGAAUCAAGAAAUGUUUUUUCCAAUAUUAAAGUUUUUAAUUUUGUUGUCCUUUAUCCUCAUGGAAGUACAAA